UCUCUAUCUCUUUUUUUCUCUGGUUCUCUCUCUCUCUCUCUCUCUCUCUCUCUCUCUCUCUCUCUCUCUCUGUGUGUGUGUAUGUGUCGCGAUCGGAAUAAUGUACAAAUCAUCUAUAAAUGCUAAAUUAACUAAGAGAAAUUAGAUUCCACUGUAUUUUUACUAGCUAAUAUAAACUUCAUUGUAACAACACUGUGAUAAUUAUACACUUGUGAUAAUUUUCCGAAUUUGAAAAUCUGGUUUUCACUCUAAGCCUGGCGAAUUAGUAUAUCGCAAUGUUGUCAGAAAGUUUGCAGAUGACGGUAUCGAUACUCCGGGGGCGUCUGGCAGUAUCAACGGUGAUCGAAUUUCACGGGGCGUCUGAUAACGAUUCCAUUUUUCUAGUAAGAGAGAAUCAGAUGAGUGCGAGCCGUUGACUCUUAUCGACCCAAGAUGCGGCUUCUACGGAUGCUCGGUCUUCUCGUGGCUCUCUGGCAACAUCGAUCCAACGCGUCGUUCAUCGCCCAGGAAGCGGAAGUAAGCGUUGUGACGCGAGGAUGCAAGAAUUUGGAGAGCACGACGCCGUUACUUCGUCUGAAGAAAGACCUCUUCUGUGCUUACGACACCAACGUCCGGCCGAAUCAGUACAAAACAGCCACGAACGUCACUGUGAAGCUGAUGCCGAAGUUGAUGGAAUUUAUGGGGGACCAAGGUAUAUUCACGCUUCAUAGUUGGAUGGCGAUUUAUUGGACAGACUUUCAUCUUACUUGGAUACCGAGAGAUUAUGACGGAGUCAAUUUUAUCCACGUGAAAACCUACGAGAUCUGGGUGCCCGAUAUAUCCGUUUACAAUUCUGGUGACAUGUCGCACGAUCAAAACGAGUUACCUGUAACGGAGUGCGUGGUGUUCAGUUCCGGUUCCGUCACCUGCGUACCGGCCGUGAAAUACAUCUCCAAAUGCAGUCCGGAUUUCACUUACUGGCCUUACGACAAGCACAAGUGCCGCAUCACGCUCGGCUCAUGGUCGUACACGGGCGAGGAGAUCGACUUCAACCUGGUUGGAAACGGGGUUCACAUGAACAGUUAUGACAACAACUCAAUGUGGGACAUGAAGUUCAUAGACGCGGUGAAGCAAGUCAAGAAGUACAAGUGCUGUCCGAACGACACGUUCCCGAAGAUCGUCUACACGUUCGAGUUGACCCGGCACUACGGUUUCAAACACGCACACGUCAUCACACCGGCCAUCAGUCUGAUGUUACUUACCAUUACGAUAUUUUGGUUGGACUCAAGGUCGGUAGAACGAAUGGCGGUAGCGAGUGUGAAUUUAAUUUGCCAUCUACUCUGCAUAUUCGACUUGCAUUGGCAAUUGCCGUACAAUGGCAUUAAUCCGCCUAACAUAAUGCUAUUCUACCGCGAAUCCUUGGCAUUGACCACCUUCGCAUUGAUUCUAACCGCUCUGCUGCGCAAAUUGCAAUACAUGAGCAUGGAGGCGCCGACUUGGAUCUUGUCCACGACUUCGUUCGUCUUGAACAACAAAGUUGGUCGUCUUCUAUUCCAAAACAAUGAAGAGUCGAAGAUGAGCGAAGGAGCAGUGAUUGAAGAGAACUCGGAUAUACCGAGGUCCGGAAUGCAAACAAAAGAAUCCUCUUGGAGACAUUUAGCCGCUAUCAUCGAGUGGUUGUCGUUUUUCUGCGUGAUCCUCACAUACUUAACCAUUCUGAUCAUGCUUAUGCCCACAGGCUAACCUAUAAUACCAACGUCCAAUCGUGUCCCCAUGAGCCCCCUUUCAUUCGGUUUGUUUCUCUCCGCCAUGUAAAAUAAAUGUAAUUGUUUUUAAUUUUACGAGGUAAAUAUCCGAUUAUAUAGAUGAAUAUUGUAUAACAAAUAUUAGUACAUUCUUACUUCCUCCUGCUUGUUAUACUAGCAAUUAACUUGAAAGAUAGAUACGACGUUUAGUGUGUUACAUGAGACUAAUAAUGUACCUAUAAGUACAUAAAUAUUUAUAAGUACGUAAUAAAGUACGUGAAAGUA